AUGGAGCCACAAGAACCGUUGAGCCGCACCGCCGCCGCUCCUGCGCUUCGCAAGGUCGUCCUGCAGGCCAGGCGCCGGCUGAGUCUGGCCUCCACAAUCAAAGGAGCUGUUGGUCCAUCAUGCACCACGCUGCCAGCCGACGGGCGGGAAGGGCAGGAGCUGGAUUCGGCAUCGUCAUCAUCAUCAUCAGCGCUGCUGAUGGCGGGUCGUGACACAGCAGCAAAAAUGCGUCGCCCUCCGGUUGCACCGUCAACAGCAGCAGCAGCAUCCUCAUCGUCAAGCUCCUACAUCAAGCUCUCGCUUCUUGCGACCACUACCCUCGCGCGCUACAUCAUCACACCCGCCUUGGCCGUGCCCUUUUCGCAGUUCUCAGGCAACGAUGCAGGGGCGCGAGCAAGCGGGACCGGCCUGAUGCAGUUGCACAAGGAGCCGCUGCCGUCGGCGCCCGGGGGCGACCUGCCCGAUACGCCUGGGAAGCUGAUCUUGGACGUGCUCUCCAUCGCCGGCCUCGUCAUCCUUGGCGGCAUCUUUGCUGGCCUGACGCUCGGCCUCAUGGGCCUUGAUAUGGUCAACCUUCAGGUGCUUAGCACGAGUGGCACGCCGGACGAACAGAACCAUGCACGUAAGGUUCUCAAUCUGCUCGAAAAGGGUCGCCAUUGGGUCCUUGUCGUGCUGCUGCUCGGAAACGUUAUUGUCAACGAGACGCUUCCCAUCUUCCUUUCCGACUUUGGCGGCGGAAUCGCAGCUGUCUUGUCCUCGACGCUGCUCAUCGUCAUCUUUGGCGAGAUCGUUCCCCAGUCCAUCUGCGCGCGCCAUGGUCUUGCGAUUGGCGCAUUCUGCGCGCCGCUCGUGCACGCCGUCAUGAUCAUCCUUGCCCCCAUCGCAUGGCCAACAGCCAAGCUGCUCGACUGGUGCCUUGGCGAGGAGCAAGGUACGACGUACCGCAAGGCCGAGCUCAAGACUUUCGUCUCGCUUCACCAACAGAUUGGCGCGGAUAGCUUGAGCGAGGAUGAGGUUACAAUCAUUCGAGCGGUCCUGGAUUUGAACGACAAAACGGUCAAGGAUGUCAUGACGCCCAUCGAAGACGUCUAUACGCUGUCCAGCGACUCAAUUCUCGACGAGGCUGGCAUUGCAAAGCUCGUCAACAAUGGCUAUUCGCGCAUCCCCGUCCACGAGUCCAAGAAGGGUGAUGCAAUCCUCGGCAUGCUGCUCGUCAAGAGUCUGAUCAGCUACGAUCCGGAGGACAGCCUACCCGUUUCUUCCUUCCAACUCCACGCCUUGCCAGAAGCCAGCCCGGAUCUGACGCUGUUCGACUGCCUCAACUACUUCCAGCAAGGCCGCUCACACAUGAUCCUUGUCUCUGCGCAUCCUGGAGAGCCGCGCGGCGCGCUUGGCGUCGUCACCCUCGAGGACGUGAUCGAGGAGAUGAUCGGGCGCGAGAUUAUCGACGAGUCGGACAUCUUUGAGGACGUGCACAACAAGAUCCGUGUCGUGCGCAACAAGCCCAGCUCCACCCAGGACCAGUGGCAGCCUCUUAUUCGCGGCAUCAUCGAGCGAAGGCGCAAGUGGGGCGGCGGCGCGAUUAACACGCCUCUCUGGCGCUGGCUCGGCGUCCAAGACGAAUGA